GGGCUGCACGGACGGACGGACGGACGGCGGCGCAGCGGAGCGCACGGCGGGCCUCUCGGGAUUAUGGCACUGCUCCAGGAUUCUGCAGGAGCAUGGCUGGCACUACUCUUGGCUGUGGCACUGGCCCCGAGGCCUGGCGUGGCAGUGCCCUGGCAGGAUUGCACGGGUGUGGAGUGCUCACCUCUGGAGAACUGCAUCGAAGAGGCGCUGGAGCCUGGCGCCUGCUGCGCCACGUGUGUGCGGCAGGGCUGUGCCUGCGAAGGCUACCAGUACUACGACUGCGUGCAGGGGGGCUUUGUGGAUGGCCGGGUGCCUGCUGGCCAGUCAUACUUUGUGGACUUUGGCAGUACUGAGUGCUCCUGUCCGCCAGGUGGCGGCAAGAUCAGCUGCCAGUUCAUGUUGUGCCCUGAGCUGCCACCUAACUGCAUCGAGGCUGUGGUGGUGGCUGACAGCUGCCCUCAGUGUGGCCAGGUGGGCUGUGUCCACACUGGCCGUAAAUAUGCCGCCGGCCACACCAUCCACCUUUCGCCCUGCCAGGCUUGCCACUGUCCUGAUGUUGGGGGUGAGCUCAUCUGCUACCAGCUCCCUGGUUGCCACGGGAACUUCUCAGAUGCUGAGGAGGGUGACCCAGAGCGGCAGUAUGAAGACCCCUACAGCUAUGACCAGGAGGUGGCCGAGGCCGAAGCUGCUGAGACCCUCAGGGGUGAGGCCCAGGCAGGUGUGGGGGGUCCUCCAGCCGCUCUGGGAGGUGGGAAUCAGCCUCCGUCUUCCAUCCGGGCAACUCAUGGGCCAGCAGCUCUCCCCAGGCCCACAGCAGCUGCUGCCCUGGGUCCUCCAGCCCCCGUGCAAGCUAAAGCCAGGAGAGUCACGGAGGACGUUGAAGAGGAAGGCGAGGAUGUGGCGGAGGAGCCGAUGGUAACUGAGCAGCCGGCAACAAGUGGUCCCACGGGGCUGGACAGGCCACCCACCACAGCCCCAGCCAGACUUGGCCUACCUAUCCUGGAAAAGGAAGCUGAAGCCAAGGCAGGGCCUGAGGAGAACCUUAUUCCUGAAGCCCAGGCCACAGCUCGAAGCAUGGGACAGGAGGGUGCUAUACCCCUGCCCAGGUCAGGCCCUGUGGGUUUCAUCCCACUGAGGACCACAGCUAGCUCUCCCGAGGACCCUGUUGAGUCCAGCAGCAGCCCCACACUAUCCAUGCCGCUGUUUGACGAAGCCCAGGCCUCCCCCACCUCAGAGCUGUCUGAGGAGAAGCCUGAGCACCCACAGGUGAUGCCCCGCUCCCGAGCCGAAGAGGACACGGACCCCAACUCUGUGCAUUCUAUUCCCAGAGGCAGCCCUGAAGGCUCUACCAAGGACCUGAUCGAGUCCUGCUGUGCAGCUGGCCAGCAAUGGGCCAUUGACAACGAUGAGUGCGUGGAGAUUCCUGAGAGCGGCGCCGAGGGAGAUGUGUGCAGGACGGCCCAGAGGCACUGCUGCGUGUCCUACCUGAAGGAGAAGAGCUGUGUGGCUGGUGUCAUGGGGGCCAAGGAGGGUGAGACCUGUGGGACCGAAGACAAUGAUACAUGUGGCGUCUCCCUGUACAAGCAAUGCUGUGACUGCUGUGGUCUGGGACUCCGUGUGCGCGCUGAGGGCCAAUCGUGUGAGUCCAACCCCAACCUGGGCUACCCCUGCAACCAUGUCAUGCUCUCCUGCUGUGAGGAUGAAGAUCCCCUCAUGGUGCCUGAGGUCCGUCGGCCACCAGAGACCGAGGCUUCCCCGCGCAGAGUUUCAGAGGCAGAGAUGGCGAGUCGGGAGGCCCUGUCGUUGGGCACGGAGGCCGAGCUGCCUAAUAGCUUGCCGGGAGAUGACCAGGACGAGUGUCUGCUGCUCCCCGGGGAGCUAUGCCAGCACCUGUGCAUCAACACCGUGGGCUCCUACCGCUGUGCCUGCUUUCCGGGCUUUGUGCUGCAGGAUGAUGGCCGCACCUGCCGUGCAGAUGGAGGUGCCCCGCUGCCGGGUGCUUCACGGGAGCCUUCACAGAGGUCGGAGUCUGUCCAGCAGCCCCCCAACACCAUCCCAUUGCCUGUGCCACAGCCCAACACCUGCAAAGACAAUGGACCCUGCAGACAAGUGUGCCGCAUCGUCGGGGGCGCAGCGAUGUGCUCCUGCUUCCCUGGCUACGCCAUCAUGGCGGACGGUGUGUCCUGUGAGGACCAAGACGAGUGUCUGAUGGGCACUCACGAUUGUAGCCGGCGACAGUUCUGUGUGAACACCCUGGGAUCCUUCUACUGUGUCAACCACACAGUGCUCUGUGCCGAGGGCUUUAUCCUCAAUGCACACAGGAAGUGUGUGGACAUUAAUGAGUGUGUGACGGACCUGCACACGUGCAGCCGGGGAGAGCACUGUGUGAACACGCUGGGCUCCUUCCGCUGCUACAAGGCGCUCACGUGUGAACCUGGCUACAUCCUCACAGACGGGGAAUGCACAGACGUCGAUGAGUGUGAGAUGGGCACACACAACUGCCAGCCAGGCUUCUUGUGCCAGAACACCAAGGGCUCCUUCUACUGCCAGGCUCGGCAGCGUUGCAUGGAUGGCUUCCUGCAGGACCCCGAGGGCAACUGUGUGGACAUCAACGAGUGUGCCUCGUUGCCAGAGCCCUGCCGCCGGGGCUUCAGCUGCAUUAACACGGUGGGCUCCUAUACCUGCCAGAAGGACCCGCUGAUCUGUGGACGUGGCUACCAUGCCAACGAGGAUGGCACUGUGUGUGUGGAUGUGAACGAGUGUGAGACAGGAGUGCACCGCUGUGGUGAAGGACAGGUGUGCCACAACCUUCCGGGCUCCUACCGCUGUGACUGCAAGGUCGGCUUUCAGCGGGAUGCUUUCGGCAGGACCUGCAUCGAUGUGAACGAGUGCUGGGCCUCUCCAGGCCGCCUGUGCCAGCACACGUGUGAAAACACGCUCGGCUCCUACCGAUGCUCCUGUGCUGCUGGUUUCCUGCUGGCUGCUGAUGGCAAGCACUGUGAAGAUGUGAAUGAAUGUGAGGCCCAGCGCUGCAGCCAGGAAUGCGCCAACAUCUAUGGCUCCUACCAGUGCUACUGCCGCCAGGGCUACCAGCUGGCAGAGGAUGGGCACACAUGCACAGAUAUUGAUGAGUGCGCACAGGGCGCGGGCAUCCUCUGCACCUUUCGCUGUGUCAAUGUGCCGGGGAGCUACCAGUGUGCGUGUCCGGAGCAGGGCUACACCAUGAUGGCCAAUGGCAGGUCUUGCAAAGACCUGGAUGAGUGCGCGCUGGGCACCCACAACUGCUCUGAGGCAGAGACCUGCCACAACAUCCAGGGAGGCUUCCGCUGCCUGCGCUUCGAGUGCCCUCCCAACUAUGUCCGCGUCUCCGAAAUGAAAUGCGAGCGCACCACAUGCCAGGACAUCGCUGAGUGUCAGAACUCACCAGCACGCAUCACGCACUACCAGCUCAACUUCCAGACAGGCCUGCUGGUGCCCGCGCACAUCUUCCGCAUCGGCCCUGCGCCCGCCUUCACGGGGGACACCAUCUCCCUGACCAUCACCAAGGGCAACGAGGAGGGUUACUUCAUCACGCGCAGGCUCAACGCCUACACGGGCGUCGUGUCCCUUCAGCGGUCGGUGCUGGAGCCACGGGACUUCGCCCUGGACGUGGAGAUGAAGCUCUGGAGACAGGGCUCCGUCACCACCUUCCUGGCCAAGAUGCACAUUUUCUUCACCACCUUUGCCCCCUGAGGGGCUUUGUGCAGGUGGCACCCAAUGCCCAUGGCCACUGUGGGGCUUUCCCCUGCAACUCUGUAACUUAAUUACUGACUCAGUGGGUCUUGAGUCUCUGCCUUCCCCUCUGCCCCAGGAUGGAGGGAGGUGUGUCCCACACAGGCACUGGGUGGAGGUCAAAGUCACCCGGGGCCCUGGAGGUGGAGGGCAGAGGUUGGAUGAAGCCCUGCAGGCUGGAAACAGCCACCAUGUUGGGGCUGCUGGGCUCAACUGGAUCACAAAUCCCCAAAGCUGACAUUCCGUCUCCUGCUCCACUGGGAUUAGUUCUUCACAUAAAAAAAGUCAUUUUAAUUUUUCUUUGUUUAAUUCUAAGAGUAGUACAUAUACAUUGUUUAAAAAAAAGACAAUUUUUUUCAAAUAACACAAAAGGGCUAUUCAGUAAAAAAGUCAAAUGCC